UCCUUUGAUCAUAUCCAAAGAGUCGCCAUGCGUAUAGCUCUCGCAGCAAUCCUUAUACUGGUCGCGGUGGCCACGGCUAUGGCCGACCCUGACCCCAGUUUUGGUAAAGGAUACGGCGGUGGAGGAUACGGCGGUGGGGGAUACGGCGGUGGGGGAUACGGAAAAGGACACGGGAAGGGCUGUUGCAGCUACGGGAAAGGAUACGGCAAAGGACACGGCGGAGGAUAUGGCCACGGCGGAUACGGCGGCGGUGGCGGCUACGGCAAAGGACACGGCAAAGGACACGGUGGUGGAUACGGCGGCGGUGGCUACGGAAAAGGACACGGCAAAGGACACGGUGGUGGAUACGGCGGCGGUGGCUACGGCAAAGGACACGGUAAAGGAUACGGCAAAGGACACGGCGGAGGAUACGGCCACGGUGGAUAUGGAGGCGGUGGUGGCUACGGCAAAGGACACGGGAAAGGAUACGGCAAAGGACACGGCGGAGGAUACGGUUAUCACUGAAGUGUUACCCUCUGUUAAUAUUAUUUAACGAAUAAAAAUAACGUUGUUGGAUA